AUGUCCAGAAUUAGGGUUAGCAUUCAUCAAGAUCAGACGAAGAGAUACCACCUCCUUGGUGAGAGGUCGGGAGCUAGCACGGAAAGGCAAGAAAAAAGAAGAAUGGGCGGUGUUGCGCGGUGUUGCGCGGUGAGGAAGAGCAACCCAGAAGGAAGAAUUGCCUGCUGCGAGAUGCGAGGGGCAGGUGCCUGGGCGACGCCGAUUGGCACGACGACCCAGAUCCCAACUCAGAGCGGCGGCAAUGGCGAACCACGGCUGAUUGGAGAAUCGCGCCCGCUCGCCGGUCACGUUGUUGACAGCUCGGAGGCCCUCGGGAAACCGGGCUGGCUGGGGCUGAUGGCACUGAUGACGGAACAGACUGCGCAGAUCUUGGACUGUCGGGAGGUUGGGGAAUGGCAAACAGGCUUACAGACUCACACGAGGCAGUGGGAGUGGCUGUGA